AUGAGUUUCAUUACAGUAGCUAUUCUGCUAUUGUUAGCAGUAAAAUUCGCAAACAGUCAAUCAUGCUCGUACAUGUGGGAUCCGGUAUUCGAAUCCGAUUCGGCCAAUCUUCCAACAAUGUGCCCGGUCAGUACUGCAAGUGGUUCAACAUGUGUUUUCCCGUUUAAUUACAACGGUGUGACCUAUACGACUUGUACCAUCAACGCUCCAAACAACGGUGACAGUCGACCUCAAUGUGCUACUGCGGUCAAUUCCAACAAUACUGCAGUUACAUGGUCCAAGUGUAUUGUACCAAAUGAUGCUGUCGUCUAUUACGCAACUGUUCGUAAAGCCGGUGGUUGGGGACAGAACGGUGGUAGUACACAGGGUGGUACUCUCAUCUGGAUCUAUGGUAAUCGAUUUGCAGAAAACAGCUUCAGCUCAGUUCCAUCAACAGCAAGCGCCAACACUGUUCAAUUGGUAGAUGGUUAUGCAGUCUACGAUUGUCAAAUGCAUAACGAUAAAACAACAAGCACACAAUUAACAUGCUAUGCACCAGUUUUACCAGAAAGUGUCUAUCAAAUUCGAGUUUAUGUCAAUGGAAAUCUAAUUCCACUCUACCAAUACAAUGAUCCUAAUCAUGCUCUAUUCGCAUCAAUGCCAAGCCAAACACCGACAAUCACUGAUAUUGAACCUCAAUCAGGUACACCACAAUCGUUAGUUACACUAUUUGGUUCAUUCAAAACAUCAUGUUAUUCACGUGAUGUUGAUGGUUGUGCUCAAGAUAACAAUGCACUCAUCUCUCGUAUCUACAUCGGCGGUCAUUUAUGUAAUGUUAUCAAUCAAUCAAGUGGCCUAGUCUAUGCCGAUGUUAACAACACACAAUUGACAUGUAACUUCGAAGAUUCAGAAGUUGGUGUUUUCAAUGUCAGCAUGCUUGUUACAAACGAAUAUGGUCGUUCAUUAGUUAGUGCAAACUUAUAUCGUGUUUCAGCCGAUGAAAAAUUAUACAAUUUUCAAAGCUAUGCUAUUGUUUCGAGUGUAUCGCCAAGCUCAGGCAGCACAGCCGGUGGAACGACAUUAACAAUCACUGGCAAUUUCUUUAGUAACAGUGCAAGCUAUCCACUGACAGUAACUGUCGGCGGACAACCAUGUACAAUUGUAAGUUCAACACAAACAACUAUCCAAUGUCAAACAUCAGCAAUACCAUCAGGCAGCCAAAGCCGAUUCGAAGGUGGUCGUGGUUUACAACUCUAUGUUGCAUCUGGCUCCAACACUCAAGCAACACUAUCAAGUUCAAGUCCACCCUCACCCAGUGGUAACGCAAAAUGGACUGACGAUGCUCUCUAUGUAUCAACAUCAGCAUCAGCAGAAACUGCUUGGCUCGUCGGCUACGUUCGUGUUACAAAGACUGCAACAUAUACAUUUAUCUUGGAUACCAAUGGUGCAGCUGCUUUGUUCCUUAGCACAGAUGAUGAUCCAGCUAAUAAAGCACGCAUUGCCGAUGCCACAAAUACUCAAUCAUCUUCGAUUCAACUGAACAACAAUACCAACUAUUAUCUGUUUGCUGUCGGUUCUCGAUCAAGUGGAUAUCUACGAUUAGGAGUACAAGCACGAAUGCAUGAAACAAAACUAACAGCAGCCACAUCAAGUUUAGUAUUGAACGAAAUCCAACGUAUUACAGUCAAUUCUAGUGCUACAUCAGAACAACAGCGCAUUAUUUAUACGAAUUCUGCGACAAAUGGUACUUCUGAAGUUCAAUCAGUUCAAGUUGAUUCUUCAACAUUCCAAAUCGGUUUCCGUGGUGUCUAUACAGCCAUUCAAACUGGUCGACCAACAGCUACAACUAUUCAAGCAGCACUCAAUGAUUUACCAACAAUCUAUCCAUUGACAGUUACAGUUACAGCUACAAGUACACUCUAUAUAGUUACAUUCCCAGCUGUGAUGGGUAAUGUUCCUCUUCUGACAUGCAUCUCAUCGUCGGUCAAUACACCAAAUGUCACUGAAACAGUUCAAGGUGUUGAUUCUGGUGCACAAAUUGCUUUUGCAUUAGACGAUCAACUCACCGAUUACAUCGAUUAUACGAAUGCAAAUCUUAGUCAAUCAACUGUGAAACAAGCAUUCAAUAGCUUGUUCAGUAUUCAAUGUCCACCAUCGAUAAGCAGUGCUGCAAAUUCACCAUCGGUGCUCUACUUAAACGAUUUCGAAUCCAACUGUGUCUAUGACGAAACACCCAUCGCAACAAAUGCAUUCUGUGGACAAUGUUCACAGAAUGGCAAUACACUAUUGAGCGGAAAUAGUUUAUCUGGAAACUACCUAUGCUUUGCAUACCGGCUACUCAACAAAUAUGUUAUGUCCAUUGGUGUCGGUCUUCAAGUCAACGGUGAUGCAACAACAAUAGUAUGGGCAUCGAUACCAUUCUCACCCAUCGCUGAUAAAUCCUGGCACUACACGUGUGUUGAUGUCGGUGGACAACUCGUUUCACAAGGAUCAAUCGACUCAUCAGCAUCAUAUGUUAUCGUAUACGCGUGGUUGGACAAAAAUAUCAGAAAAGGAAUCUUUCUUGAUGUUGUCUCACUUCGAACAGCACUACCUGCUGGCUAUGAAGCAUCAAGCGCAUACCCUAUUGAUCAAUCAGCGAAUUCAACAUGCGUUUUUCCAUUCACAUAUAAUGGACAACAAUAUUCAGCAUGCACAUUGAACAAUAAUAACAUUCCAGUUUGUGCUGAUAGCAACAACGUUGUUUACACAUGUUCAAGUUCAUCAAUUGAAGGUGCUCGUCGAUUUUAUCCAAAGCAUCAAAUUGUCUAUAACACCUUACAAGUGACAUUUACACCGGGUAGCUCACAAAUUACAGCAAACUUUCGAUAUACUAACUGUGAAAAGCCAAAUUUACUCGUAUCAUGGCCAUCAUCGAGCGCAACAAUAACUCGUACCGUUACAGCAUCGCCAGCUGCAAAUGGUACAUUCGAUCUGGUUUUCAACGGACAAACCUAUGCAUCAAUACCAGUCGAUAUUUUACCAUCAGAUCUAGCCAAUCGUUUACAAUCAUCAUCCGAUUUCGGAUUCUUGAAUAUUGAACGUAUCAACGAUUGUACAGGUUAUUCAUAUUUGAUUGAAUGGAUUGCCAAUGGUGGACAAAAAACAUCCAUUACCGUUUCCAAUGCCGGUAGUGUCACACCAAGUGGUACAACAGUAACAGCAACCGGUGUACAAUCUGGUGGUGUUCUUUUCAAACCAUUAACAGGAGAUCUAACAAGAACUUAUCAUACUGCUCCUCAAGUCGUAGUUUCCGUCGGUGGUUCGAUUUCAGAUUGUGAUGGUGCAACUACAUGUGAUUACCAAUGGACAUCAGGUCAAACUCCAACAGUAACAUCAAUCGUACAAAGUGGUAUGACAGUAACAAUCACAGGUACCGGAUUCAGUACAACAGCAAGUGACAAUAAAGUUAUCAUUGGUACAUCGGGCUCAUGCACAGUAACAGCAGCCUCAUCAACAUCUCUUACCUGUACGAUCGCCGCUGCUCCUGCAGGCACAUACGGCAUUCAAGUCAACGUUGCUGGCAAAGGUUUAGCAACAGGCACAUCAAGUUUUACAGUUACUGUUUCACUCCAAGUCACAUCGAUCACACCAGUUCAAGGAGGCGCAGGUGGUGGUUAUUCAAUUAACAUUACUGGAACAGGCUUUUCAUCGACUUCGUCAGUAACCAUUGGUGGAAAUGAAUGCACAAACCCAACAGUGUCAGGCUUCGCGUUGAUAACAUGUACUGUUCCACCAACAGCUUCUGUCAGCAAUGCACAAGUACCGGUUGUCGUUACAUCUGGCUCAUCAUCGUCAACGUCACCUACUCAAUUUGCUUACGAUGUUACUAACACACCUUCAAUUACAUUAUCAAGUCCCAGUGUUGUUACCGUCGCCGGUGGUCAAUUGACAAUUACCGGUACAAACUUUGGUACUAGCUCAGUAGCAGUCUACAUCGAUACAACAAAGGCAACUAUUCGAUCAUUAACAUCAAGUCAAAUCAUUGCUGACUUACCCUCAUUAGCAGCGGGUAUCUAUUCAGUUCGAGUUUCAACUGCAAAUGGAUAUGCACGUCCAGCCGUUCAAAUCGAAUAUCGUUUCUAUGUUCAAACUAUAUCACCGCAAGUCGGCUCAUUAUAUGGUGGCAGCGAUGUCUAUGUACAAGGUCAAGGCUUUGAUAAUUCAACAACAGUUGCAUUCACUGAUGGUACUAACAACGUUGCAUGUGACAUCAAAUCAGUUCAAGCAGAUCAAAUCCACUGUCAAACAGAAGCUGCUGCACCUCGUGUAGUAAUCUCAGCCGAUGGUGUUGAUCCAACAUAUGGUGCUGGAUUUGCAUGGUCACCACAAUACGCAACUGUUCAACAAGGUGCUGUCGUCGAAUGGCAAUGGGGCUCAUCGACACUUCUAGCAUCGUUAGCCUACAAAGUCGUAGAAGUUUCGAAUGGUUAUUCAACAACUCCAUUGGGAGGCGGUUUUGAUUCUGGCAACACAUCAGCAUCAGGAUCAUACUCAUAUCAAUUUCAAACCGUUGGCACAUACUAUUAUUACACUCCACCUGUCGACCAGGCUGGUUCAGCUUCUAUGCGUGGUGUUAUCAAUGUUGUUGCUGCUCAACCACGAACAUUAACCGUCAAAGUAUCAUCUAAUUCGUUUACUGCUCAAUCAUGUGCGUUCCCAUUCACGUUCAAUUCAGUUUCCUAUACAGCAUGCACCUCAGCCAAUGACACUCAAUCAUGGUGUUCACCAACGUCAACAUAUACCGGUCAACGUCUCUAUUGUACACCAACAGCUUCGGUACCUGCAUCAUCCUGCGGUGCAAAUUCAUUGAUCAAUCCAACAUCGUGUUCACAAACAGUUCCAUCGAAUAAUUUAGACUUUUUGUUCACACCAUGUACCGUAGGUACUGUUACAUCGAUUUCACCUGUACAAGGUCCAGCAGGAACAUCAAUCACAAUUACUGGAACAGGUUUCAGCUCAACAGCAUGUGCUAACACAGUUCUCAUUGGAUCAUCCUAUGAAUGUCCAAUAACAAGUGCAUCGAGUACACAACUUGUCUGUCAAAUUGGUUCGAACUCACUAUUGAAUGCUAAAUCAGUUCAAAGCUUCAAUGUUGCAAGAGGUCGCCAAGGAUUCUUGAGCAACAAUGGUCUCUUAAAAUUUCAAUUCCAAGCAAAAGUCACCAACGUAUCACCAGUACAAGGUGAGUUUCUUUUAUUUCUAAAGAUAGAACUAAAACUUUAUCAUGAACUAGGUUCAACUGCUGGAGGUACUCUUGUAACAAUCACUGGUGAUGGUUUCACACCUGCUGAUACUCGCGUCGUUGUCGGAAGUAUCGAAUAUACAUCAACAGCAACAAUUACAUACUCACAAAUCCAAUUCGUCACUGAUGUACCACCCUCAGCUUAUAUCAACCAAAACAUUCCUAUUCAAAUCUUAGUUGGAUUAAAUCAAGCUGUAUGUGCAUCAGGUUCGUGUACAUACAAAUGGGCACAAAGUGCAACACCAUCUCUUACAUCGGUCAAUCCAACAUCAAUCACUGGUCCGCAAGCGUUAACUUUGAGCGGUCAAAACUUUGCGGCUGCAGGUGCAAUCUCAGCAGCAAAUGUUAAUGUUACUGUCAAUGGUAUAGCAUGUACCGUAACAGCAGCUACCAAUUCAACAAUCACAUGUAACAUUGGUAGUGUACCAGCUGGUAACUUUCCAAUCGUUGUUUCAAUUGAUGGCGUCGGAAAUGUAGUUUCAUCAGCAUCACUCACAUCGACUGCAGCUAUUUCGAGUGUUUCACCAUCAUCCGGCAGUCAAUACGGUGGUGUUCUUGUUCAAAUCAAUGGAAAUGGAUUCUCUGGCUCAGCUAAUAAUACUCAAGUAACUAUUGGUUCAAGUGCAUGUACAAUCGUUCAAAUUACAUCAGGCCAAAUCCAAUGCAUAGCUCCAGCUCAAGGCUCAAGUCCAUCAGUAGCAACCAUUACUAUCGUUUCCAACGGUGUUAACUUCCCAACAUCAAGUUCGUUCACUUACAGUGCAGCUGCUACACCAACAAUUUCAUCUAUCAAUCCAACAUCAGGCUCUGCUGGCCAAACAUUGACAAUCACUGGUUCAAAUUUUGCCAGUGGCCAAACAACCAUCACAAUUGGUGGAACACCAUGUGCGAUUACUAGCAUUUCAUCCACAUCCAUCGUCUGCACAGUUGGUUCAAGUCCAGCUGGAAAUCAACCAGUCAUCGCUUCGAUCGUAACAUCCGGUCGAUCGGCUUCAUCGACUCAAUUUCAAUACGCUUUACAAGUCAGCACUGCGUCACCCUCACGAGGUGGUUUCGGUGGUGGUCAAGCAGUAACUGUAAACGGUGAUGGAUUCAAUGGUUCAAGUAUCACUGUCACAAUCUGUAAUACUCCUUGCCAAUCGGUAUCCGUUCUAUCAAAUACCCAAUUGACCUGUGUCACACCAGCAGCAACAUAUCAAUCUUCUGAUAAAUCAUGUAAUUUAGCAGUUACAGUUGGCGGCUUAACACAAACUGUAUCGUAUGUUUAUCAAUCAAGUUUAACGGCUACGGUUUCCGCUGUUAGCCCGAAACGAGGUGGAACUGGUGGUGGUACAACACUAACAAUUACUGGUACAAACUUUCCAACAUCAGUUAGUGGAGUUACAGUCAGCAUUGCUGGUUCACCAUGCUCUGUUCAAACAGCUUCAGCAACAUCAAUUACCUGUUUGACAGGUAGUUACGCUCAAACAACAGUUCAGGCGCCAGUCAUCGUCAAUGUUGUCAAUGGUGGUAACGCCAUCGGAUCAGAACAAUUCCAGUAUAUUGAUCUUUGGUCGAGCCCAUGGACUUGGGGAGGAGAUUCACCGCCGGAAGAAGGUACCAUUGUCUCGAUCGAUAGUGGCAAAACAGUUUAUUUCGAUACGACAACACCUAUCCUCAAAGCUCUCAUUGUCGAUAACGCAUCGUUGAUUUUUGAUGAUAAUCAAGAUGUUGCAUUGAAUGCUGAAUACAUUUUAAUUGUCAAUGGUGGUCGCUUACAAGUUGGCACAGAAUCAGCUCCAUUCCAACACAAAGCCGUUAUUACUAUGCACGGUCAAUUACGAUCAAUUGAAUUACCAAUUUUUGGAGCGAAAGUGUUAGGUUUACGCGAAGGUACUAUCGACAUGCACGGUGCAAACAUGGUUCAGACAUGGACACGCUUAGCAUCUACAGCUGCUGCUGGUGCUUCUCAAAUCACUCUUCAACAAUCUGUCAACUGGCCAGUAGGUAGUCAAAUCGUUAUUGCCACAACUGGUGAUCAUCUCAGUCAAGGAGAAACUGAAACACGUACCAUUACCGCUGUAUCAUCAAACGGACUUACUUUAACAUUGAACACACCAUUAACAUAUAACCAUUUGGGUGUAACAAAGAGUGUCGGUUCUACGUCUGUUGAAGCGCGCGCUGAAGUCGGUCUUCUAUCACACAAUGUCGUCUUUCAAGGAUCAGUCACAGAAACAUGGAAUGUAACAAUUGAAGCUUGUCCAACAGGCUUUGAUCCAGGUGAGUUCGCUGUUCAAACAUGCUUUCUCGGUCGAUAUGGACAAGAAAUCGGUUCCGAUCAAUUCGGUGCAACACUCAUGGUUAGUGCUAGCGAUGCCAGUACUGACGGUGUUCAAAAAGUCAUCGUUCGUUUAUCAAACAUUGAAGUAUUUAAUGCUGGUCAAGCUUUCCGACUUGGUCGCUAUCCAAUUCACUUCCACAUGAAUGGAAAUAUGAGUCAAUCGUACAUCAAAUCAUCGUCUAUUCAUCAAACAUUCAACCGAGCUGUCAAUGUUCACGCUACCAACUAUUUAACUGUUGAAAACAACGUUAUCUAUAAUAUCAUGGGUGGUGCUAUAUUCUUGGAAGAUGGUGUUGAAACUGGCAAUGCUCUACGUGGUAAUUUAGCCGUCUUCGUUCGCACCAGCUCAAGUUUACUCAACGAAGAUGUUACACCAGCUGCUUUCUGGGUCACCAAUCCAAACAAUAUCGUAGAACAUAAUGCUGUUGCCGGUGGUACACACUUUGGUUAUUGGUACCGAAUGCUUCGUACACCCGAUGGUCCAUCAUUUGCCAUGUAUCCGAACACCUGCCCAUACCGUCAACAAUUCGGUCGUUUCUUCAACAACAGUGUCCACAGUGUCGGUCGUUUUGGUGUUUGGAUCUUUCCUGAAUACUCACCGACUGUUGCUGGCGAUUGUGGCAAUGAUGCACCAUAUCAAGCCGUAUUCGAUGGAUUAGUUUCAUGGAAGAACAAUCGUGGUUUUGAAUGGGUCAUGUCCAGCACUAUUCAAAUUCGCAAUGCUGUUGUAUUCGACAAUGCUGAUACUGGUCUUCGAUGUGUCACCGCCAUUAAUAACCAAGCAACAAAUCUUCCAAAUCUUCGUGCUACAUUCUACAAUGAAAAUGCUGGUUCAUCAGUUAUCAACUCAAUCGUCAUCGGUGAUUCACAAGUAUCAUCUACUCCAGUUGUACCAGGUGAAGGCGGUCUUGUUGUCAUGUGGGACCGUGGUCUACGUGUACGAAACGUUUCAUUCAUUAACUUUCCAAGUGCAAGCACACAAGCUAUAUUUGGUCCAAUCAUCACUGGUCGUUGUGUAGUUUAUUGUGGAGGUUGGUUAACAAAAUUCUCUCAAUUGAAAUUUACAAACGUCUUGAAUCGUGGUAACUUCCGUUGGCCAUAUGAUGGUCUCUAUCAAGACGAAGAUGGUUCAUUGGCUAAUGUUGUUGGCGGUGUGAUUAUUUCACCUGACGGUCUCUGGAAUACAUCAACGGCAUGCACAAAGACACCCAACUUUCUCAAUGCUGUCACAUGUCCAUCAUCGUUGGGUACCUGGAUUCGAUUUGCUUUCAAUAAUGCUAAUCUCGGUAAGAAUGCCGAAGUCUUGAAUGUUUACGAUGAUGCCAACCAUAACACUGUCGUUCUCAAUCUUAAAAAACGAUUAACACAUACAAACGGUUAUAUGAUGAAUCUGUUAGCUAAAAAGACCUAUCUAUUUCAAUUCGAAAAUGCUAAUAGCACAGUCAAUUUAUCGUAUACUGGUGUUGCUUACAGUUUAGCACCUGGUGAUUAUCUUAUCAUUCGUCAUCAAGUCUCCUAUAUACCCGAUCAAGUUUCCAUCGUAUCAAGUACGCUGGUCAAAGGAUCACUCACACCACUCACAUCUGCAAAUAACAAUGGGGAUUGGUAUUACGAUAACACUACAAACGAAUUUUCAUACAUCGUUAAAAAUCCAUCGACCAGUUCUGCACCAGCUGAUGUGUCUAUCUCAUUGAACGUUGUUAAAUGCCGAUAUCCAAAUUGUGAAUAUCCAGCUCAACCAGGUCUCGAAUUGCCAGCUGUCGCUCGACCAGCAAAUGCUCUGUAUUGGUCAAAUGAUUCCGACUGGGCUUUUGCAUCAGCAGGCUAUGGCGGAUAUGGAAGCGUCAAACCAGGCAAUGGUACAGACAUCUACAUUCCUCGUGGCGUAUGGCUUGUUGCUAACUAUCCAUUACCUCGUGUUCGAUCGUUACGCAUCGAUGGUGUUCUUGAAUUCGAACAAAGUAUCAAUAACGUUCUCUAUGUUGACAGUAUUGUCAUCAAUGGUGGUCAAUUGAUUGUUGGUUGGCCAAAUAAUCCACUUACAUCCAAUGUUGAUAUCAUCAUAACCGGUUCAUCAUCUGUCAACGUUUUAUUACCAAAUAAUGCUGGAUCACUUGGACCUCGAGUCAUCGGCGUUUUAGGUGGUCUUGAUCUUCAUGGAAUUUCACGAAAUGUUUCAUGGACGCGUCUUGCAACGACAGCAUCUGCCGGUCAAAAUUCGAUUACCUUAAGCGAACCAGUCGACUGGGUUGCUGGAGACGAAAUUCUUCUCACAACAACUGACACACGAAUUGAACAUACAGAACGAUUAACAAUCGCCAGCGUCAGUGGAAGUGGUACAGUAGUCACAUUGAAAACUGCUCUUGCUUACACGCACAUCGUUAUUAACAAUGCAUUUGCCAACGGUCAAACCUAUCAUGUUGCCGGUGCUGUUGGUCUCUUGACAAGAAAUGUCCGAGUUAUUAAUCAAAGUCCAGCUUCCGAAAAGAUGGGUUUCCGUGUGCUUGUCACAGACUAUGCAACAGAUGUCGUCGACACUGUUACAAAUGAUAAUAUCUAUACAUACUACAAAGGUUAUGCACGAUUGUCGAAUACACAAUUCAUUGGCUUCGGUCAAUUUGUCGAUGCUCCCAACGAAGAUAAACGCGAAGCUAUUCACCUAUACAAUCUCGGUGAUUGGAAUGCGUCACGACCGACUUAUAUCGACUCAUGCUCGUUCGAUACUGGCUACUAUUCAGCAAUUGGUCUAUGGGAUUCGAAUGGUAUUCCUGUGACAAACAACGUUGUCUAUCGAACAUAUGAAUCAGCUAUUGUUGCUACCGGCAAGAACAACAUUAUUCAGAAAAAUCUUGUAAUAAGUAACUAUUGGUCUGGUGAAGCACAACCGGAAUACGCUGCAUUCAAUAUCAACAACGAUGGUGCUAUAAUGUCACGAGAUGCAGUCAGUGUUGUCAUGAAGGAUAACUUGGUCGUUGGUGCACAACGUCAAGCAUACCGUAUUCAAGGAAACGCAUGUCCAGGUGUCGUUUUACCAACUGACAUUGUCAACGAUUACGAUAACAAUGAAGCUCAUUCAGUUAUGGCUGGUGUCAACAUGUGGCCACACGAUAAAGGCUUCGAUUACGAUACCGAUUGCGUUUUAAUCAAGGGCUUCAGCACCUACAAAGCAUGGUACUACGGUUUAUACAUCAACACUGAGCACAACAUCAUCGUCGACUCGUGCAAAGUAGCUGACAGUAGUGUCGGUAUUUUUACCUUCGUUCUUGGUCCACCAGCGACGUCACAUGAAUUUGGUAACAACUCAAUCACCAUUCGUAAUUCAGUAGUUAUCGGUGCUAUCACACAAAACGAUUGUAACGAUACUCCAGACCCAAAUACAUUGAGUGCUACUAACAGUUUAAAAGCAGUUCCUCGUGUAUCAGCAUCAUCAACAGAUGAUGGAAAUCCAGGCGGACGUACAGGUAUCUCGUUCCCAUACUUUUCACGUGACAAUAUGAUUCCACGCCAUCCGUAUACAAGUAUCGGUGCUUAUCCAUGCAUUGACGGUAUCAUGACUAUUACUAAUGUUACAUUUGCAUUCUUCAAUGAUGUUUGCUCACGUCGUGAUAUUGCUAUUCAAGUUUCACAAAAUAAUGAUGAUGGUCAACAUCCAGUUACAGUAAACAAAGCCUCCGUAUACAAUACAGCAACAUCCAAUUUAGUAUUCAACGGUCGACCGAAUCUUGAUGUUGUCGAUCCAAGUGACUGUGUUGAUAUGGAUUGCGACGGUCUGAAGAAAAGUUUACUCAUCGAUACAGAUGGUACAUUCUUUGGUCAACCAUCAACUGCCUUCUCGCAAGCCGAAUAUCUAUGGGGCAAUCAAGCUCACGGCGUUGGUGAUUUCCGUAUUCCAAAGGUUGUAUUGGCUAAUCAAACUGGACAAAUGAUUAACAUCAAUGCUCAAUACCCAAAUCGUGGUAUUGGUCAUUCAUCAGCAUGUACUUAUCAAGCAUCCUACCAAAUGUACUUGUGUCCAAACGUAGUCGAUUAUCGUAUGUUAAUUAUUGAAAGUAUGGAUGCAGAUACUGAAACACGACGACUCUCGCCAGUUGCUGUUCUUUCUGAUACCGGUUAUAUUGAUCUUAUCAACGGCCCACAAGAUCACGGUUGGUGUAAUGGUUAUACAUGUCAAAAACGUGUGUCAACAUUUAUGGCAUUAGUUGAAGGAGGACACCAUUAUGAUAUCUAUCUAUCAAGUACAACACCCGAUCACAUGCGCUUCCGUUUACUCAAUGCUGAUUCAACGAUCGCCACUUCAUUAAGUCUCUAUUACACUUCAUUACAACAAAUCGAUGUUUACGCUAAUGAUGUUUAUGUUUCGCCAACAAAUCGAGACAAUUCUUACUCAUACCUGAUGCUCAAGGAUCAACCAUCGGGUGUCACCUUAGCGUCGGCGGCCGGCACAAAUUACUUCAACAGAACAACACAGCUAGCAUCAUUCUUAAUCAAUGGUGCUACAGUCAUCGAUUUGAAGAUUUCGGAACUCAUCGUUCUUACCUUCGGUUUACCAGCUACUACACCAUCAGCAUUCUUUACAACAAAUCUAGUUAGCAAUUUGGCUGCUUUACUCGGUGUUUCUGCUGAUAAGAUUCGACGUGUCAACAUCAUAUCGGCUAAUAACGAUACCCGUGUUCGUCGUCAAGCUGUUAAUGUUCAAACUAUCACUUUACGUGUUGAACUUCGUAAUGAUCCACCACAAGUUUUAUCUGUCGGUAAUCAAACAUCGUCUGAUGAAAUUGCCAAUAUUACAUCAGCUAUCAUCAAUGGAUUUCAAUCAAACGAAACACAACAAGCAUGGGCAAAUAAUCCUUCAACCGGUGGCGCAUAUCCUCUGAGUCUCAGCGUUCAAGAACCACAAAGUCAAAAUACAGUCGCAUUGUCAGUCAUCAGCCAAUUGAAAUUAAUAACUUCGCCAUCAUCAUGUCGUUUACAAUCACCAUGUGAUGUUCAGCCAAAACUUGUUGCUUAUGAUGCAUCAGGCAAAGUCAUCGACAAACUAGGCUCAAUCGAACAACCAUGGCAAGUAAUUGCUGUUGUUGUCGGUCAACCAGUUAUCAAUCUCAUUGGUCCAAUUGCUAAUUAUGUCAAUGGACAAGCAAAUUACACAAACUUUGGUAUAACAGCUACUGGUUCAUACCGUAUUGAAUUUCGAUUCCUUACACCAAAUGGUGUUAGCAAUGCGUUUGUCGCAAGUGCUAACUUAGUCGUUAGCUCAUCGUCAGUAUCAGUUUCUGAUCCUGUUCUAGCUGCCAGACAAUCAGACAAGCUUGAUAUCGUUAGUGUCAACCAAACAUUCAAUCUUUCAGUUAUCAUCGUUGAUAAAAUCUCCAAAGCUAAAAUCGGAAACAUUCAAUGGAGCAGUUUCACAUGGUCAGCCGUUGCUUCACUUUACACUUCCCUACAAUAUAAGAGAAAUGGUUCCUUACUUCAAUCACCAUCAUCAGCAAUUGUCGUUGAUACAACAGCUGGUACAAUAACAGCAACAAAUCUCGCAAUCGACGCUGUUGGUAUGUAUAUCGUUAAAGUUGAACUGCGAUCAUCCAACAAUCUGUAUGUUAUCCCAAUGACAUCGAACGGUAUUCUCGUGAAGGAAGCAUCAACUGUCAUCCAAGUAUAUACUGGUUAUCCACCAUCAAAUAUUACAUUCAAAGGUGAUUAUGAUGAACUGGUGAACACUGGUCGUGAUGAAAUUACACGUGCAUCAAUUUACAAUCUUCUUAAAUACAAACACGGAAUUCCAGUUGUCAGUGAUAUCGUCUUGAAGAAAGGUAGCGUCAUUGCUGGUUUCGAAGUUGCCGUGGAUAAUAUCGACGAUGCCGCUAAGACUCAAUCUGCUGUACAAAGUUUGACAAGCGAUGAUACUGGAGCUAUCGACGGCCUUACAGUUCAAUUAGUAAACAUUGAAGGUAAAACAACAGUGGCCUCAUCCGAGGAAUCCCCCGAUAACAGCAAAGUUGGAAUGAUCGUCGGUAUUGUUAUUGGUGUUCUUGGUGCAAUUGCAGUUGCCGCUGGCUCAGCAUUUGGUAUUCAUAAAUAUCAAGCGAAAAAGAAAGGUCAACGUCUUAUCAAUGGAAACGAUGAAGAAGCUUCCUUAUCCAAUAAUCAAUCAACACCAAAUAAUGCUAACGCAGCACAAGCGAAUAACAAUGGUUCAAAUGUAACACGUCGCCCAUCAGUGACACCACCUGGUGUUUCACAAUCGCUCAUUAAUGUUGGUCAACAAUCGUCGGCUAGUGGUAACCGAGCUGGAUCCGCUGGUAUCAGCGUUACCGGAAUCGAACUCGAAACUAAACCAUUCGCUUCAAUGACACCUGUUCGAAUUCAAUAA